AUGCAGCCAAUAUGGUUUGUGCUCAUCAUCGAAUAUGAGCGGAUGUGGUUGAUAGCGAUUACCAUGUGCGAAUUGCUGUUGACUUUAUCUAUACUGGCUCUGCUGAAUGUGCAACCACAGGAUAAGUUGCAUCCGAAGAAUACUCAGAAUAUCACCUUUCAGAAGGCUUUGAAAUCGGUUAAAGAUGCAUCUCAGGACCAGUUCGCCGAGAUGGUCACCGCAGAUCGGAUUGAAAUCAUAAUAGCGCGCAAUGAUGCUGAGCCCGACAAGAAACUACAGUCGUCUGAUAGGCUGUCUCCCGCGAACAUUUCUAUGCGUUCUCCAUUAUCUGGGGAACACGCUGAAGGCUACGUGUCGCGCACAUAUAACGGUAGUUUGGGUAAUGCCCUUAAUGAAAACAUCAUAUCGUUAUAG